AUGCUCGACGCGCUGCAAAUCAAAAUAUGCGUCCACGUCUCCGAUGAGCCCUCCGUGUGGCAGGCACCCAGUUCAUGCCGCGUCUAUAGUAGAGAACAUAGCAGUUCUUACAGACCAUACGAAAAUGAACAGGCACUCAGCCAAAUAAAACCGCCGCGCCCCUCUCUCCCCGCGCGCGCCGCCCCACCCUCCAACCCUAGCGCUGCCGCCCUUGUGCCGCCGCUGCGUGUGCCCCCUCCUCACGCCGCGCCGCCGCCGCACCUGCAGCCGCCGCUGCGCCUCCCUCCCCAACCCCGCGCCGUCGCCAUCCCCCGCGCGCGCGUCAUCAUGCCGUCGGUCUCCAACGACAGCAACCCCUUCGCCUACAACCCAUGGACGGGGCUCAUCCACGCCUACAACAUGCCGGUACCGCGCCCGCCGACUCACCAGGUGCACUUCACUGCGACACCGCCCUACGCCCCGGUCUUCACCGCCACACCGCCGUCCUACGCCCCGGCCUACCACGCCGCGCCCGCACCUGGCUCUUACGCCGGUGGCGGCAACUGGUCUAUGGACACGGGCGCCUCAUCUCACAUGGCCGCUCACCCGGGACGCCCGCACCCGGAUGGUUCUCCAUCGAUGUGA